CUGGCCUCGCCCAUCCGUCCCAGAUCCAUCCAGUUGUGAUACAUGUAACGCUGCAACGUGCCCGAUUUAUUCUCCCUGGUCUUCCCUGCCCUAUUUAUUGUCCCUGGCUUUCCUUGCUCGUCUUCCUUUUCCUCUCCUCUCCUAUCUUUCACCCCGCACCCAGUUAGUCGCCUAGACCGCCAUGGACUCCCGGACACUGGCUUUUCUUCCCAAUCACCUCAUGUACUCUGCUCUGGUGACAUCGCUCACUUCGCUCUCUAUCGGAUACGUUAUUGGAUCGCCCAAUAUCCUAGAGGCUGCCAUCAGAGGCGAAGAUGGCAGCUGCGGCGCUUUUCCCUUUACCAUCCAAGGCGGGUUUCCUAACUGCUUAAAAUUUUCUGACCUCAUUUGGGGGUUCGCAGUGGGCUCUUUCUGUCUCGGUGCUUGCGUAGGAGGCCUGGUCGCAGGCGGGAUCCAGAACAAAGUCGGCCGCAUCAGGACUAUGCUAAUCAGCAACUUUAUCUUUAUCCUUGGCUCCCUCAUCCUCAGCCUGACCUAUCAUCAAGCCCAAUUUGUACUAGGCCGCAUCGUCCUUGGACUCGCUUGUGGGCUCGGCGGCGUGGUCGCCCCAACAUUCCUGGGCGAGAUUACGACUGUUCAGGCCAGAGGCACCCUAGGAACGUUUCAUCAACUCUUUAUCGUCGUCGGACUCGUCACUUCUAACAUAGCGAGUCUUGCCUGGAGUCACCCGCCUGGAUGGCGCGUGGUCUUUGCAGUGAAUGUCGUCCCGCCCUUGCUCCAAUGCCUGCUUCUACCCACUAUGGUCGAAAGUCCCCGAUACCUUGUUUCGCAGCGGCGCUUAAAGGAGGCUUAUAGCUCACUGCAGAAGCUCAGGGGACCCGAGAAUGAGAUUGAUGUACACAAAGAACUGGAUGAGAUGGUGCUCCUACUUCUUGGAGAGCAACACUUCGAGAUCCUAAAUCAUGGUGCACAUCAGUUGGCUGUGCCUGAACAAUUGCAGACCAUCACGCCUAUUCAGCAGGGUGGCUCCUUAACGACGAUGAAGAGCGAUUCCACAGAUGCGCAUCCUAGCAACAUCCUCAAAUACGGCGGCAAAGGCGGCACAGACAAUCAGGAGCCCUAUGGGAUCUUGGAGCUCUUUCGAUCAGAGUGCCGUGGACUGGCAACGAUUGGAGUUCUAGUUCAUUUUCUUCAGCAGGCCUCAGGGAUCAAUGGUCUUGUCUAUUACUCGACCUCCUUUCUAUCUGACGUCUUUGGAUCUGACAACUCGCGUUACAUCACCUUCGGUGUCUCCUGCUGCAGCUUGAUUUCCACCAUACUUUCCGUCUAUCUAAUCAAUCGCUUUAAUCGCAGGACCCUACUGAUGGCCUCUUUUGCUGGGAUUAGCUUAUCGGCCGCUCUCUUGAUCACCGGCGCGUACUGCAAUGUUGGCCACUUGGUUGCUGUGGCCGUGUUUCUGUACAUUGUCUCCUUUGCUUUUGCUUUAGGCCCAAUCCCUUGGCUUCUACUCUCGGAAAUGCUGCCCACCUAUGCAGUAUCACCAGCCUCGAGCGUAGCUACUGGUGUAAACUGGGGCACCAAUUUUAUUAUAGGACUAGUAUUCCCAUCCAUGACCAAGACUCUAGGCAGUGGGACCUUCAUCCUCUUUGGUGCGUUCAAUAUCUUUGGGAUCAUUUAUAUCUGGCACUGGGUGCCCGAGACCAGGGGUCGAUCCAUCGAACAGGUUAUGGGCGAGAAAGGCGUCCCUCUACGAUCUGCCUAGCAAUUACACGGUUGUAAAAUAGCGAACUGGUCCUUAUUUCUACACCAGCUCAUGCUGAUAAAAUAAUUAAACGUAUGCCG